ACCGCGGCGCGGGGUGCGAUGGGAUAGCUUUCCAGUUCCGCCUUGGGACCCGUACCGCGCACAGUCCUCGCGCGCAGCCGGGAUACCGCUUCGUGCGCUGGCCGCGGCAAAAUGGUGAUAGCAGCGGAGGCGAACGGAGGAGUUUCCGCAGCGGGUGAGGCGCUAGAUGUGCUGGAAGGUGGAGUCGCUUUGGAGUUCGGGGUGCAGCCAGCAUCGUGUCCUCAGCACCAGGGCUUCGGCAGAGGAACCUGGCGUGGGCGUACUUGGACUCUGGGGACUUUUCUAGAGUCCGAGUGGGGAGACUCGGAGCACCAUGACUUGCAGGAGAACGGGGUUCCAGGCUGACCCCCGGCUCUGCAGUCCAGUUGGGUGCUUGCCGCCUGCGGGGCUGGGUCGCAGUACUUGUGCCUGGCGCCUCCUCUCAGCCAGGAACCGCAGUAGCUCCAAGCUAACUGGGCCAUGGUUCUGAUUGACCGACCUGCUGAUAUCUUUCCCACUCACUGUGUUCUGAGUAAUUGGAGAAUCGUGUAUUCACUACACGCCAGCUAGAGUGGUCCUGUAAAAGCGUACACCCAGUGUAGAUAUGCUUCUGCUUAAAAUCCUUGAGUGGCUCCCACUGCUUUUAGAACAAAAUCCUAACGCCUUUCGGAAGUCGACAAGGCCCAGCUUGAUUGAGCAGAAGAUGUGAUAGGAGAUGAGGAGUGGGCUUCUGCAAAAGUGCUUCAGUCGCACAAGCUUUUGGCACAUUUUGCUUAUGCACCUAGCUCUUUCUACCUUAGGGCUUUCUCUUGGGAAAGUUGGGGUUUCUGACCAUCAGACUUGUCCGCAAGAACCGGUAAGGCUGCUUUUCUGUGCUAAAACUAGGAGCUGAUGGGCAUCAUGAAGAUCUUCUGCAGUCGGGCGAAUCCGACCACGGGGUCUGUGGAGUGGGUAGAGGAGGAUGAACACUACGAUUAUCACCAGGAGAUUGCCAGGUCAUCCUAUGCAGAUAUGCUACAUGACAAAGACAGAAAUGUAAAGUACUACCAAGGUAUCCGGGCUGCCGUGAGCAGGGUGAAGGACAGAGGACAGAAGGCCUUGGUUCUUGACAUUGGCACUGGCACGGGACUCUUGUCAAUGAUGGCAGUCACAGCAGGUGCCGACUUCUGCUAUGCUAUUGAGGUUUUCAAGCCUAUGGCUGAUGCUGCUGUGAAGAUUGUGGAGGAAAAUGGCUUUAGUGAUAAGAUUAAGGUUAUCAACAAGCAUUCCACCGAGGUGACUGUAGGUCCAGAGGGUGACAUGCCAUGCCGUGCCAACAUCCUGGUCACAGAGUUAUUUGACACAGAGCUGAUUGGGGAGGGAGCGCUGCCCUCCUAUGAGCACGCACACAGGCAUCUCGUGGAGGAAAACUGUGAGGCCGUGCCACACAGAGCUACCGUCUAUGCACAGCUGGUGGAGUCUAGGAGGAUGUGGUCAUGGAACAAACUGUUUCCCAUCCGUGUGCAGACCAGCCUCGGAGAGCAGGUCAUCGUCCCUCCCGUGGACCUGGAGAGGUGCCCUGGAGCACCCUCUGUCUGUGAUAUUCAACUGAACCAGGUGUCACCAGCCGAAUUCACAGUCCUCAGUGAUGUGCUGCCCAUUUUCAGUGUGGACUUCAGCAAGCAAGUCAGUAGCUCAGCAGCCUGCCAUAGCAGGCAGUUUGAACCUCUGGCAUCUGGCCGAGCUCAGGUGGUUCUCUCGUGGUGGGACAUUGAAAUGGACCCUGAGGGGAAGAUCAAGUGCACCAUGGCCCCCUUUUGGGCACACUCAGACCCAGAGGAGAUGCAGUGGCGGGACCACUGGAUGCAGUGUGUAUACUUCCUGCCACAAGAGGAGCCUGUGGUGCAGGGCUCAGCGCUCUGCCUGGUAGCCCACCAUGAUGACUACUGCAUAUGGUACAGCCUGCAGAGGACCAGCCCUGAAAACAAUGAGAGGGUCCGCGAGAUGCGUCCCGUGUGCGACUGCCAGGCUCACCUGCUCUGGAACCGGCCGCGGUUUGGAGAGAUCAAUGAUCAGGACAGAACUGAUCGAUAUGUCCAGGCCCUGAGGACUGUGCUGAAACCAGACAGCGUGUGCCUGUGUGUCAGUGAUGGCAGCCUGAUGUCCAUGCUGGCCCAUCACCUCGGGGCAGAGCAGGUAUUUACAAUUGAGAGCUCAGCAGCUUCUCACAAGCUGAUGAGAAAAAUCUUCAAGGCUAACCACUUGGAAGAUAAAAUUAACAUCAUAGAGAAACGGCCAGAAUUAUUAACAAAUGAGGACCUGAAGGGUAGAAAGGUCUCUCUCCUCCUGGGUGAGCCGUUCUUCACCACCAGCCUGCUGCCAUGGCACAACCUCUACUUCUGGUAUGUUCGGACCACUGUGGACCAGCACCUGGGGCCAGGUGCUGUGGUGAUGCCCCAGGCAGCCUCGCUGCACGCUGUGGUUGUGGAGUUCAGGGACUUGUGGCGGAUCCGGAGCCCCUGUGGUGACUGCGAAGGCUUCGAUGUGCACAUCAUGGACGACAUGAUUAAGCGUGCCCUGGACUUCAGGGAGAGCAGGGAGGCAGAGCCCCACCCGCUGUGGGAGUACCCGUGCCGCAGCCUCUCUGAACCCUGGCAGAUCCUGGCCUUUGACUUCCAGCAGCUGGUGCCUCUGCAACCCCUGCGUGCUGAGGGCACUGUGGAGCUCCGGAGGCCUGGGCAGAGCCAUGCGGCAGUGCUGUGGAUGGAGUACCACCUGACCCCGGAGUGCAUGCUCAGCACUGGUCUCCUGGAGCCUGUGGACCCCGAGGGGGGCUGCUGCUGGAACCCCCACUGCAAGCAGGCCGUCUACUUCUUCAGCCCUGCCCCAGAUCCCAGGGUACCGCUGGGCAGCCCACAGACGGUCAGCUAUGUGGUGGAGUUUCACCCUGACACCGGCGACAUCACCAUGGAAUUCAGGCUCGAAGACACCCAACUGACUGCUCCUGGGCAAUAAAGUGGC